AUGGCCAAGUCACACCUGCUGCUGUGGCUGCUGCUGCUGCUCACACUCUGUGGCCCAGGCACUGCAGCUGUCUGGAACUCCUCGUCCCUGGAAUGUACCCAGGGCCCUGAGUUCUGGUGCCAAGGUCUGGAGCAAGCAUUGCGAUGUGGAGCCCUGGGACACUGCCUACAGGAAGUCUGGGGACAUGCAGGCGCUGAUGACCUGUGCCAGGAGUGUGAAAACAUUGUCCAAAUCCUCACCAAGAUGACCAAGGAGGACACGUUCCAGGACAUGAUUCAGAGGUUCACAGAGCACCAGUGUGAUGUCUUUCCCCUGAAGCUGCUCGUGCCCCAGUGCGGACGUAUACUCCACCUCUAUCUUCCACUGGUCAUCUACUACUUCCAGAAUCAGAUCGACCCAAAGACCAUCUGUGACCACUUAAGCCUGUGCAAAUCCAGGCAUCCGGACCCAAGGCAGGAGCCCGGGCAGGAACCAGGGCUGCCAGAUCCUCUGCUGGACAGUGUGGUCCUCUCCGUGCUGCCCGGGGCUGUCCAGAAGGGUGUUGGGCCUUAUACACAGGAUCUCACCCAGCAGCAGUUCCCAAUCCCCCUACCCUUCUGCUGGCUCUGCAGGACUCUGAUCCAGAAGGUCCAGUCUAUGAUACCCAAGGGUGCGCUGGCUGUGGCUGUGGCUCAGGUAUGCCACGUGGUGCCCCUGGUGGUGGGCGGCAUCUGCCAGUGCCUUGCCGAACGCUACACUACCAUCCUGUUGGACGCCCUGAUGAGCCGCGUACUACCCCAACUGGUCUGUGGCCUCGUCCUUCGGUGCACCCGUGUGGACAGCUUUAGUCCAGCCCUCGCUGCUCUGGAGUUCCCACCAGGAGAGUGGCUGACACAAGACUCCAAGUGCAACCUCUGCAUGUCUCUGAUGACCAAGAUCGGGAACAGCACCGAGCAGGCCACGCCACAGACGAUACUCCGGGCCUGCCACAGCAGCUGGGAUGAUGGGCAAAAGUGUGAGCAAUUUGUGAAGCAGUACACAUUCCAGCUACUGAUUCUGAUGUCCAGAGGCUGGGAUGCCCACACCACCUGCAAGGCCCUGGGGACGUGUGCAGCCAUGCUCAGCCCUCUUCAAUGUGCUCACCUCUGA